UCACAGAGCUCUGCCUCCUAGAGAGGUGGAGGAGAGGAAGGAGGAGAAAAGGAAAGAAAGAAAGAAAAGAAACUGGGAAAGAGAAAAGGGGGUGGGUGAGUGUCCAUAAUAGUGAGGGUCUCUUUCCUGUACUUUCUCUUGGGAAGUAAAAGAUCAAAGCAAAGGGGAUCUGGCUGGGAAGAGAAGAUACAGGUUGGAGAAGGAGCUGGAGGCUCAAGACAGAUGUGCCUUUCAACAAAGACGUUGGUUUCUUCAUGUACCACAUUUUUCCAAAUGCAGUUGCUAAGAAAAUUAGGAUUGCUCUUUUGCUGCAAAACAUAAUUCAGGGCUAACAGUUGCUGCCUGGGCAUUGUUCCUCUCUUUGUUCAAGGGGACAAAACCUUCUAAAAGUGUCCCCAGGAGAGAAAAUAGCCACCAAACAGAAAGAUACAUCUAUCCCAGUUCAGGAGGUCCAGCUUAACCCAAAGGAGGUGAUGAUGAAGACAGUUAUCAAAAUGGAAGAACAAGAAGAAGCCCGGUUCCAGUUGGUGGAAGAAAUGGAGAGGGAUAGAGAUGCUCCUUGCCUUGUCCAAGAUGGGACCAUCAGGGAGUAUCUAAAAUGGCCAGCUAAAGAAGAGGCAGACAACGGUUUGUCAGAGCAAUGGGAAGCCCAGUGGCAGGAGUUCCUCAGGACACUACAGUCUUCUUGCUCUGGUUGCGGAAACUCAACCUUGCUCUCCCCGAACGUCAUACCACAUGGCGAGGUUUCCAUUUCCCUUGGCAAGGAUGCUGGUCAGCAACUAGACAAAUGUCAACGGACUCAGGCUUCUUCGGUAAUCGAUGGGACAAGUCACGAGGAUGGUGACAAGGAGAGCGGAAGAGACGGGGCCAACACCAAGGAGAAAGAGGUUGUGAAGGAGGAAGAAAGAUGGAGUGCAGAUGCUCAGCGCCAACGCUUCCGGCAGUUCUGCUACCAGGAGGCUGAAGGUCCCCGGGAGGCCUUUUGCCGCCUUUGGGAACUUUGCCACCAAUGGCUGAAGCCACAGAGGAACACGAAAGAACAGAUCCUUGAUCUCCUGAUCUUGGAGCAUUUCCUGAGCAUCCUGCCCGUGGAAAUGCAGAGCUGGGUGAAAGGAAACCAUCCCAAGAGCUGCUCCCAGGCGGUAGCCUUGGCGGAGGAAUUCCUUCAGAGGCAGCGGACAGCCAAGAGGCAAGCCCGAAUGGUACCAGAGCUGUUCCAUGUGGUGGCCAUGAACCUCCCUGUUGCUGAGAGGAGUCCCUCUGCAAACAAACAAAACACAGAUAUGGAGCUCAAGAUGGAUGGGAAAGGGCAUACUGAUAACUCACUAGGAGCGAUGGAUAAGUGGGAGCUCAUACCACCAGAAAGAGCCAGACUCCAGGACACAGUUGUAAAUAUUGCCAGCCAAGACCAUCUAAGUUGUUUGGAUGCCAAGCUUGCAGAAAAUGUGAAGCAGGGAUCCACUCCCAGUCGUGGAGGUAACCUUCCCAAAAUCUCAGCCCCGCAAAGAACCCGAAAGGCCAGAAGCAGGAAGACCUGCAACCUGUGCGGGAAAAGCUUCAGCUACAACUCAAACCUCAAGAGGCACUGGAGAACCCACACGGGCGAGAAGCCAUACGGAUGCUCUUAUUGCGGGGAGAGGUUCAACCAGGCCACCAACCGCAUCCGACACCAACGAAUCCACACAGGAGAGAAGCCAUACAAGUGCUCGGACUGCAGCAAAAGCUUCAACCAGAGCCUCCAACUCAUUCGCCACCGGAAGACUCACUUCAAUUGCGGCUAGUCCCUUCUCUUGCACUCUAGAAACUCACAGCAAAGAAACAGCCCAUGAAGGCAAGACUGAAUUCCACAAAACAGGCGAGAGAAUUCCACAGCAGUGCUGAAUCUUUUAUCUAAUGCAAGGACUUCACUCCUAGAAAGCCUCAGCUUUUCAUUUGUAAUAAUGCUUGUUUCUAAUCCACACUGGAUACAAGAUACUUGUACAGUGUCUGCAUUAAACCUUAGAAGCAAAUGUUUGGUGGCUGGUUAAGAUUCUUCAGAAAUCAGGAAACACUUGUUAAGAAAACCAUGAAUGACGAAGCCCAUGGAACGUCCACAAAAAACUUAAAGAAGCCAGCAGAAGAACAAGAUGGAGCAGAGAGGGAGCAGAGAAGGAAAAGAGGCCAACAGUUAAAGCAGAGAAGAAAAUCCAUUGUUUGUUGGAGAGAAGGCUUCAAUGACAUUUUAAUCCAAGAAAAAAACUGCAGAGAGAAAGCAAAGGUUGAAGCACUCCAAACCUGGGGACAUGUUUGGCCAUAAAACAUACAUAAAUAGAUUUAGCAAAAUGUCAAAUAGUGAGAGACGACAAAACUCCUUAAAGUGUGGAUACAGCUUCUGUCAAAGAUCACACUUUCCAUCAUGUCAGAGAAUGUAUUCAAAGAAGAAAUCAUAUCCACACACAAAAAAUCUAAAGUGUUUGAGUAAAGUUAACAGUCAUCAGAGAUCUUGCACAAAGGAGAAACAAUAUUGUAAUUCAGACCGUAGUCAAAGGUUUUUCGAUCAUACAAACCUUAUUGGUCACAAGGAGAAUCAUACUAGGGAGGAAAAGUGUAAAUCUUUGGAGUGUGCAAAGAGCUUUAGUCGCAGGAGCAAACUCACUCUCCAUAAGAGAAUGAACAGAGGGGAUGAACCACACAAAAGCUACACGGGGGGGGGGAGGAUUUAAACGGCUGGAGUAUAGAAAGAAUAACAUUGACCUUAAGUUGCACCAGACAGCUAAUGUUUGGAGUGUGAGGAGAGGUUUCGGUUUAGUGUUACCUUUAAUCGGCAUAGGAGAACCCACAUAGGACUAAACAAUUCGUAACUAUUGGGGCAGGACUGAAGGCCUCAUUUUAAUAAAACAAACAAACAAACCCAUACUUUAUAUUAAAGAAGAUGGAAAGAUAAUAGAUCCUGGAAAUUUUCUUACUGUAGCAAGAGGGUAUCUUUUCAUGUUCACCGGUAUCUUUUAAUGUUCAGGAUCAUUAAAAUGUUUUUAGUUUGUAUGUACAUGCGUCUUUAAGUUGUCAGUCGACUUAUGGUGACCCCAUUAAUUUAAUGUUUUUUUCUAAUCCCACCCUAUAUUAAAAAAGGGAUUGGCUAACUUUGGCCAUCUUGAUCACACUGUGAUGGUGCUUGGCCGCACAUCUUUUGGUUUUCAUCUGUGAACAUGUUGGAGGGCAUGCAUUCCUCUGGUCUCCAAUGAUUCCAUAGGGAAACGGCUCCCCCCAUUUGCAUCAAGCUCAAUUUACAUUACAAGUCUAGGAAUGCAACCCUGACUUAAACUGAGACCCCACCAGUACUUGGUAUAGUGUG